ACUAGAACAAACCAUGACAUUGGCAAAUGUAGCUACAUAUAUUUUUAGAGAGAUAGAUGGAUAACUAGAGUAAGUGCAAUGUUUUUAGUUAUAUUUUCGCCAUUUAAACACGUUUUUCAUUUGACCGAAGCCACAGUAAGUCCCAGCAAUGGAGUCUGCGGUGUUUGCUUGUUCUUUCUGUGCGAGCAAGUCUCAGCGUCAGGGGUGGACGCUAUCUUUCAAACAGCACAUCAACGCGUUUAUGUAUUGGGUGGCCGGAAAUUUUUUUCCAAAUAAACACAGCUUGAUUCAACUUGGGUGGGCAGACUUAUCAAGCGACUAAUUCUAUAAACAGACGAAGGAAUAAAGCGACACCUGAUUGGUCGCGGGGCCGAAUGGGGAACGCAGGGUUAGGGGCUGGUGGGGUGGGCGGCAUCCGGCGCAAUGAAAUUUGAAUUAAUGUGGGUGGGCUGAAACAGCACCGACGGUUUACGGUGGACAAUUUAUUUCCCGGCCCAAAAUCAACACAAACGGAGCAAAAGUACAACAAUGAUUUACAUUUAUUUAGUGGAGCACAAGCGAAACGAGUGAGACAGAGAGAAGAGCUUCUCCUCCGGCGCUCAUUCCGGUGUGCUCGAUCUCUGCAUCAUGACGCUCUACCGCGGACGUGUGACGACAUUCGGCGUGCCAUCCCCCGCUCUGAACUUCACCGGACCUCCGCUCAUCUACUUGUACGGAGGAGACAGCGGUGGCGUGGUGCCCGCCGCUUUGAGCCUCGUGUCGGCUAGCCAGGACCCACCGCAGAAGCCGCCUUACAGUUACAUUGCGCUCAUCGCCAUGGCUAUUAAGAGCACGCCGGAGCAGCGCGCCACGCUGAACGGCAUCUACCAGUUCAUCAUGGAUCGCUUCCCUUUUUACCACGAUAACAAGCAGGGCUGGCAGAACUCCAUUCGCCACAACCUCUCUCUUAACGACUGCUUCAUCAAGGUGCCCAGGGAGAAGGGCCGACCCGGGAAAGGCAGCUACUGGACGCUCGACACCAAGUGCACGAACAUGUUUGAGAAUGGGAACUACCGGCGGAGGAAGAGGAAGGUCAAGUGUCAACAGGAGCGCACCAAAGGUACAUCAUCAGCAUCGGAAAAGGAUCAUCCCCGCUCAUCUUCCUUGGUGGUGGAGAUGACGCUGAAGCACGACGCGCAGGGAUCGGAGACGCGACAAGACUCGGAAUCAGUCCAACAGCAACCGCGCCAAACACACAGACAGAAAGUGUGUCAUGCCAUGAAGCCGACCAGGAGGAAGCAAGACCAGAGGCACAUUUCACCGCGGGCACAUGGCGCGCCCAGAAUCAGCUUGCAAAUUCCCGGUGACAAGUCCACGUCUCUUCCUAAAGCAGAUGUUCCGAGCAAGGACAAAUGCACAGCUUUCAGCAUUGAGAACAUCCUAGCAAAAAGUGAAGGCGACCUGGGCUCGCAGCACCAAAUUACAGGUGCUGCUCCAAACGUGUUUUCGGACGCUCGACAGCAUCACUUAUACGGAAUGAGAUUACCGUUUUGCUCUUGUUUGUCACUCCCUUGUCCAGAUAAAACUUUGCAUUACAAAUCAGAAUAAUGACUCACAAAUGUCCAUUCUCAUUCAUUGGAACUGUGUUUCUCCGACUUUUGGGGGCACAUACUGUAUAUUUUUUUCAACAACAACAAAAAAUCUCAAGGUAAACUACCAAACAAAAAUGUCACUAAAAUGGAGACAAGGAUUUAUCAUGCAUUAUCCUAUCUAAGUGGAAGAACAUUUGAUUUGUUUUUCUGGCAUAGAUAAGUUGAACAAACAUGCAUUAUUAAAUCGUUUUUGGACCAACGAAAUAAAAUUGAAUAAUUUCCCACUGUGCAUCUGGUGAUCUGUUGUGGGACACUGCCACAGCACCCGAGCUCCGAAAUCACUGCAUGAUAGUGUACAUUCCAUGUAGAUGCACAGCUAAUUAUUUUAAAACACAUAGAUUCUUCUAUAUCGCUCAGUUAACUGUUUAUAGGCUCUCAGUUUUCUCUUAAAUAAGAUAGCAUGUUGUUAAGAAUAACGUACUGUAGUGUACAUACAGUAGCUAAUUCAAACAUUUUGUGUAUAGCCUUUUGUAAUCUGACAAGUAAGAUUGAUACACAUGCAUGACUUUGUAUUUCCAUCUGCUCUGAAUUUCAUGUAUAAAAUAAAGAAAGGUUAGUUUGGUAAUCAAUGAACGUUUGUUCGAGGAGAACAUUUUUUAAAACUGACAAAAAGUGGAAAUGCAGAAGUCAGAGGGCGACGAGGAUCAAGGGCUUUCACGGUCUGGGCCAACACUUCA